CAUGAUCAUUGAUUGGCUAGAACGUAAAAGAAACGUUUUUGAAAAUAACUAAACAUAAUAAAUUUAUAAUAUAUCUAUCAUUAUCAUUUAUUUAAACAAGAUGAACAAUAUAUAUAAUUUAUAUGUAUUUUAAUCUAUAAACGUUUAUAAAGUUGAAGAAGAAUCUUUUACGUAGUUUAGCUACGACGUAAAUUAUUUUUAUUCCCGCCGAAUUGACUCAAAACAUAACCUGUAAAACAUUGCUAAUGGAAAUGAUAUUUAAUCCAUGAGGUUGUUCAUUUUGAUCUGUAAAGUUUCCAAUAAAUAUCGAUGAAAAUAAAUGUCUUUCGUCCACAUCUUAAAUUAUAAACUUCUUUAUCAAAGGAAUUGUUUAAGUGUCUAAUCUAAAGAAUGUCCAAAAGAAAAGGUCUGACCCUUGAUGAAAAACGAGCUAGAAUGCUUCAAAUAUUUUAUGAGAGGAGGGAAUUUUUCACGUUAAAAGAAUUAGAAAAGAUUGCACCUAAGGAGAAGGGUAUAGUUGCUCAAACUGUAAAAGAUGUUCUUCAAACUUUAGUAGAUGAUGGUCUAGUUAGAUCUGAUAAAAUUGGUACUUCUAUAUAUUUUUGGACAUUUCCUGGAGAGAAUAUAACUGCUGUAGAAAAUAGGAUAGCACAUGCAAGUAAAAGAAUAGUUGAAGCUGAAUUUAAGCUACAAAAAUUAAAGGAAGAAUGUAUCAAAGAGCAGACUGGUAGAGAAGAUACAGAAGAAAGGCGAAAUUUGUUACAAGAAGUACAGCAAUUAAGAGAGAAAGAAAAUGAAUUGAAAAAUCACAUUGCUAAACUUAGCGACGUAGAUCCAGAAGUAAUUGGAAAAAUGGCAGAGAGAGCACAGAUGUUCAAAGAAGUAACUAAUAUAUGGACAGAUAAUAUCUUUGCCAUUCAAAGUUGGUGCAAGAGAAAAUUUGAUAUAUCAGAGCAAGAUCUCAAUAAACAAUUUAGUAUCUCUGAUGAUUUGGACUAUAAGGAAUAAAAUAUAUUAUAUUAAAAAACAAA